AGUUCCUUUGGUCAGAUGAUAAGACCCAUUAUCGACUCCAUAUCAGUGAGACCAUCUGGAGGGAUAUCAGUAUCAGGUUCAGCAACAUCGUCGAGAGGCCCAGAAACAAUAUUUGAACCAAGAGGUUCCCCUUCUGCACAGACUGUACUGAGAGAUCAGCCUAAUGGCUGUCAAAGUGCAGUACUGAGGAAACCUAAUGUAUACAGGGAAAUUGCUGUACCAUUAGCUAUUACUGAUCUUAAAGAAAGCCUACAAACACUGGAAUUCACAGAUGAAGAUCUAAUUCACCUUGAUGAGCUAAAAAAUUAUUUUGAAAAUGAUAAUCUUCCUGAAGUAAAAGAAAGCCAAAUACAUGUACUUGGUAAGUUAACACAGAUGUCUUUCAACAACUGAAUGAGCUUCAGAAUAAAGAGUAGCGAGAUAAAAACAUGACAUUUAGGUGACAACAUGUCACCAUUAUCAAAUGCAAAUUAUUAUGUGUUCAUUGGCAUGGGUAACGUUAUAUAAAGAAUAUAGAGUGGGAAAAUACAUUAGAAUAAAUGAGGCGGGGAUAAACAAAAGAAUGAGAAGAAUUUAAAUAAAAAGUUUCGCGGGAAUGGAGUCCUUUUGAGUGUUCAGAGUGGGACUCUUUUUCCUUAUAAAAAGCAUCUCAUAAAUAAGGCACUCAAACUUUCCACAGCAUUUCUUUAAGGUAUAUAACGUUACCCAACACAUAAUAAUUUGCAUUUGAUAAUGGUGACAUGUUGCCGAAAUGUCAUGUUUUUAUCUCACUACUCUUUAUUCUGAAAUGUUUUUCAAAGCCUUUUGUUAUGAAUGAGCUUGGACCGAACAAUAAAUUAAUAACAUUAAAUUGGCCAAGAUAUAUAUUCACUGUGCUUGGCAAAUAGUUGCAUUCAGAUUUUCCCAUAAUGCCAUGCCCAUAGGUACCAUAAGCAAUUGCCCGCUGCAUAGAGAUUUAGGAUUGUGUACUUCUCAACACUCGAUUGACAUCUCCAUCAAUACUUGGUCCACUUAGAUAACCUUGUGUAUGGAUAUAUAUAUUUGGAGUGAAAACCUGUGUGUGUGUGGGGUUCUCCCUCAUAUGGGCUUUAUACAUGUAGGUUCAUGUGUAUGUGCGACCUUGAAGAGAAUGGUUUUUCAGCUGUUUUGGUCAGAGAUAGGGUGUCAGUUUUAGA